GGGAGGAAAUCAAUCCAUGGACCUCGUUAGCCUCGGGCUCAGGAGCAAUUGCUUCGUAGCAAUUCGCUUCAUGGCCUUAAGGUGGCUGAGUUGAUCAUUAGCAGGCUACAAAUUUAGUUUUGAGUGGCGAUGGAGGAGCUCCGCGACAAAGACUUUGACUGUCCAAGCCUUCUGUGUGAUGAAGAACUGGAAGACUUGGAAACAAAGAACAGCCGAGGGAUCACGGGGAAGAGGAGGGAUGGAGAGGGGGAAGUGUUUAAUCAAAGGGAGGAUGAAGAGGCGGGAGGCGAGACAGGAAGUGAAAAUAAGGAUGAGGAGGACAAAGAAACACAAGCUGGCAGUAAACAUGAGGUGACAGCGGUGAGCUUAGAGGACAGCUCGGCUCUGUCGGAGCCUCCCAUUGGAGUGAUGAGCAGCCAUGACCUGUCUGAUACUGUCCAUUUGGGUUGUGAGGGGACUUGGCUGUACUGCCCCCCAGUUCCUGCUCCCGUGAUGUACUCCUCACAACCUCCAGUCCCGCCAUGCAGCCCCAUGCUUCCCCACGGUCUCCCUGAGCAGGGCCCGCAGCCUCUUGAGAGGGAGGAUGAAGAGGCAGGAGGCGAGACAGGGAGUGAAAAUAAGGAUGGGCAGGAGGAGAAGAAGAAAGAGACACAAACUGGCAGUAAACAUGAGGUGACAGCGGUGAGCUCAGAGGACAGCUCGGCUCUGUCGGAGCCUCCCAUUGGAGUGAUGAGCAGCCGUGACCAUUCUGAUACUGUCCAUCUGGGUUGUGAGGGGACUUGGCUGUACUGCCCCCCAGUUCCUGCUCCCGUGAUGUACUCCUCACAACCUCCAGUCCCGCCACACAGCCCCAUGCUUCCUCACAGUCCCCCCGAGCAGGGCCCGCAGCCUCUUAAGAUGGAGAUAACUCAGGUCUACUCCAUCCAGCGCUCCAUCCUCUACAGCACUACGGGUGGAGACCACAGCGUGAGCUUCUCUCAGGUGCCGGGGUCAGAGACUGUGGACAGCUGCCCACCGCCACCUGCAAAGAAGAAGAGAACACGAAUACUCUACAGUGCUGAUCAGUUAGCGUAUUUAGAGGCCUUGUUCCUGGAAGACCAGUAUCCUGAUGUAGCGAAGAGGAAGGUCAUCGCUGCUGCAGUUGGUGCCACACCUGAAAGAAUUAUGAUCUGGUUUCAGAACCAAAGGGCAAGAUGGAAGAAAGCGCAGCGCUCCAUCACAGCAAAGGUUGAACACAGACAGAGUAGAGCUGGAUAUAACAGCAGCCCCACACAUCAACCAGUUAACUCCACCAUACCCACACAGGCACCUAACAGUAAGGGAGCUCCCUCUUUUUCUGGUAACUUUGCCACCAAGGUGCCCCAACUCACCUCCACAGCACCUUCUUUCCCCACCCUGUCCAGCCAGACUGUGCCCUCCCACAGCAACCUGCAAGCCAGCCUCAGCAGCCCGGGCCAAUCCAGGAUGAGAGAUGGGGGCCAGCACCAGCUUUCAUCUCAGGGGGAGUUGGCAGAGUACCACCCACACCCCAUGCACUGCCCUACCCCACAGCACCGAGCCAGUGCCCCCCUUUUCACAAUAACCUACAACCCUGCCAACCUGAUUCCACCCUUCGUUCACAUCCUGGCCCACACCCCACCUCUGUUCCUGGAUGCUGUGGAGGCUGGCUCCUCCUUGGCCCAUCAUGACUCCCAGUCUCUGCAGACAGACACCAGUAAGGGAGCUCCCUCUUUUUCUGGUAACUUUGCCACCAAGGUGCCCCAACUCACCUCCACAGCACCUUCUUUCCCCACCCUGUCCAACCAGACUGUGCCCUCCCACAGCAACCUGCAGGCCAGCCUCAGCAGCCCAGGCCAAUCCAGGAUGAGAGAUGGGGGCCAGCACCAGCUUUCAUCUCAGGGGGAGUUGGCAGAGUACCACCCACACCCCAUGCACAGCCCUCCCCCACUGCACCGAGCCAGUCCCCCCGUUUUCACAGCGACCUACAACCCUGCCAACCUGAUUCCACCCCUCGUUGACACCCUGGCCCACACCCCACCUCUGUUCCUGGAUGGUAUGGAGGCUGGCUCCUCCUUGGCCCAUCGUGACUCCCAGUCUCUGCAGACAGACACCAGUAAGGGAGCUCCCUCUUUUUCUGGUAACUUUGCCACCAAGGUGCCCCAACUCACCUCCACAGCACCUUCUUUCCCCACCCUGUCCAACCAGACUGUGCCCUCCCACAGCAACCUGCAGGCCAGCCUCAGCAGCCCAGGCCAAUCCAGGAUGAGAGAUGGGGGCCAGCACCAGCUUUCAUCUCAGGGGGAGUUGGCAGAGUACCACCCACACCCCAUGCACAGCCCUCCCCCACUGCACCGAGCCAGUCCCCCCGUUUUCACAGCGACCUACAACCCUGCCAACCUGAUUCCACCCCUCGUUGACACCCUGGCCCACACCCCACCUCUGUUCCUGGAUGGUAUGGAGGCUGGCUCCUCCUUGGCCCAUCGUGACUCCCAGUCUCUGCAGACAGACACCAGUAAGGGAGCUCCCUCUUUUUCUGGUAACUUUGCCACCAAGGUGCCCCAACUCACCUCCACAGCACCUUCUUUCCCCACCCUGUCCAACCAGACUGUGCCCUCCCACAGCAACCUGCAGGCCAGCCUCAGCAGCCCAGGCCAAUCCAGGAUGAGAGAUGGGGGCCAGCACCAGCUUUCAUCUCAGGGGGAGUUGGCAGAGUACCACCCACACCCCAUGCACAGCCCUCCCCCACUGCACCGAGCCAGUCCCCCCGUUUUCACAGCGACCUACAACCCUGCCAACCUGAUUCCACCCCUCGUUGACACCCUGGCCCACACCCCACCUCUGUUCCUGGAUGGUAUGGAGGCUGGCUCCUCCUUGGCCCAUCGUGACUCCCAGUCUCUGCAGACAGACACCAGGUCUUUCUUUGACUUUGGGGAGAAGCUCGGCGAUCUGACUUCAAGCCAGCAGAACAACAACCUCCCCUGUCAGCUGCAGCCCUCCUACCCCAGCAGCCAGCCCCAGCAUCAACCUCAAGCAUCUCUGCCCCACAUGGCAUACCUCACCCCCUCCUCCGACCUCACCCACACUCCCCCAGAUUCUAACCCUACAUCUUACUUGCUGCAGUCUGCAGGCCAUCAUGGUGGGAUGGCAGAGAUCACUCCAACCAGGGCUUCAUCCCUUCUGCCUUCUCAGGUCAGCCCUGCCGCUCCAGAAUGCCCUCCAGCGCCCCCUUGUGUCAAGAUUGAGAGAGAGAUUCAUAGCCAGGUCCACUUUGACUUCUCCCCACACAGAUUUUUUACUUAAUGUUUGUUCGGCUUAGUGUGUCAGCGUGUUGUGUAGGAUCUUCUGCAUGUUCUGUUUAGAUAACUAUUGGGAUGUUCAGUAGAUAUUAAUGCCAGCAUACUUGGUCUGGGUUGCAUGUGGCUUGGCUAAAAUAAAUGCUUGUUGCUCUGUUAAUCCUUUAUUAAAUAUGUAUCCAACAUA